AUACAAAGUCAGUCGCAUCGUUCGCGUCGGGCGGGUAACACGCUUCCAAGCGACUUCGUAGCAAUAUGAUUAUUGUAGUGCUCCUCGCGAUCGUCGCUGCCGCAGCGGCACAAGGGGAUCAGCCCCGGAAGCCGACUCAUAGAGAACAAUUCAGAGUCAUCUAUGAGUGGCGCAGUAUAGACUUCGAGUGGGAAUCACCCGAAGACCGUGAUGCCUAUCUUAACUCCAGCCGAUACAUCCCACAAAACGUUUUAAUAUCAGGAAUAAAUUACUAUGAAAAUAACAUAUUCUUAACACUACCCCGUAUGCUGGACGGCGUUCCCGCUACCCUAGCGACCAUACCGGCCUUCCAAAAUGAAACAACGGCACCAAAAUUGAAACCCUUCCCCAGUUGGAAGGACAAUGCCGUAGGGAAUUGCGAAUCUCUACAAUUCGUUCAAAACGUUGAAAUUGACCGGAAUGGAAUUAUGUGGAUUCUGGACAACGGACGCAUUGGCACCCUUACAUCGAGACCAAACUCCAAGUGUCCACCUUCGAUAGUUUUAAUCGAUUUAAAAUCAGGUGAAAAUAAAUUAGAACGCAUACCAUUUUCCUUGGACGUAGUGAACCCUAAUACAGCAUACUUGAACGACCUAGUUGUUGAUAAUCGCGACGGUGACUUCGCAUACAUUACCGACAACAGCGCUGUCGACCCCGGCAUCAUCGUAUUUAGACUGAGCGACAAAAAAUCAUGGAAAUUAAGAGACACUAAGUCAAUGUCUUCGUUACCAGAGGCUGCGAUAUUCCGCAUCAAUGGCACCACUGUGAAUUUACCUGUAAACAUUGACGGGAUCGCCCUCGGGCCACAAUUUUACACAGAAGAUAAAGCUGUCGACCGAACUGUCUACUACUGCCCGCUGUCAAGUUUUCACCUUUAUGCAAUUAACGCUUCGGUUCUGCAGAACGAAUCGUUUGCUGUAGGCAAUGGAGCUAUCGGUCCGUAUGUAGUCGAUCUGGGUACCAAGGCGUCUCAGACUGACGGUAUGAAGAUGGAUUCCACUGGCAUACUCUUUUUCGGUCUGAUUGGUAACUCGACUAUUGCGGAAUGGAACACAGCAACAGAUUUUUCAAUAGGUCAGCGGACUAUCGCCCGCGAUCCUAACUACAUACAGUGGGUUGACCGUUUCAGUUUCGACGACCGCGGUAACGUUUACGUCGUUGUAAACAGACUUCACAACUUUGUGAAAAAUCAAGUAUCAUUGGACGAAGUCAAUUACAGAAUUCUUAAGUCUUAUACGGGUUUGAAAAGCUACGUAUUCGGUGAAGAUCUUCAACCAGAGUCACCCGUGCCAACGCACGGUGCCUCAUCGGCUACAAAACUUGUAGCUUCCAUGGUGUUGCUAGCUUUAGCACAUCUACUCGCUUAGUACUUUGGACAUUCUCGGUCGAACUUGACCGUAAGAAUGAACCUAAAUACGCUCAGUGUGCGUGUAAAUUACCAAAUAUUAAAAGUUACCUUGACCUUAAGGUCUUUUCAGUGAUAAAGCGCAAUAUAGAUAGCUUUGUAUAUUAUAAUUUUAUAAUAAAUAAGUGUAACUGUAACUUAACGAUAAUAUGAUAUCACUUUUUGAACGUUUGUAAAACGUGUUCAAGACGAUCCGAGUCGUCUUGUGAUUCAAAAGGUCGGGGACGCAUUCCCAAAGUCGCGAUUACAGUAAACAUUCUAACUUAAACAAAUGUCCUAAAAUUACUUAAUAUAUUUCUACAAUGAGUUUUAUAGUUUAUAUUCUAUUGUUAAUCUGCUCAGAUAAAAUAAAAGUAAAAAUCUAAUUUAUUUUAUCUCAUAUCAUUGUAAUGUAGCCGUAAAAUGAGUGUAAAGCAUUCCAUUAUAAUAAUAUUAAUGUAUGUAACUAUGUAAUAUGUACGGUUGUGACGUGUGUGAAAUAAACGUGUUUAUCACAUUA